AUGAAGAGUCAAUUAUGCCAUGGAGAAGACAGCGAUGAAUCAGAAGGAGAGUCUCCUCGUCCUUUCUUAGAGGAAAGAAGCAGCAGCAAGGGUUUAGGGUCUAGGGUUUUCUCUAAUUGUGUCUCCUUUCUCUCUCUAAGAUCAGAAGCAGCAGCAGGAGAAGGAGAUGCUCUUGAUGCAUUAGAUGCAACAAAAAUACACCCAACAGAUUUUAAUGGCAAUAAUAGUUGGCUAUCUCGUCUAUGCAAGGCAGCAGUAGAGGCAAGAAAAGGAGACAAUAAAGGAGACAAUAAGGGAGAAAGGGGAGAAGGAGAAGGAGAAGGAGAAGGAGAAGGAGAAGGAGAAGGAGGAGGAACAGAAGCAGUAACAGCAACAGCAACAGGAGGAGACAAUCAAGGAACAGGAACAACAGCAACAGGAGAUAAUAAAGGGACAACUAAUGAAGAAACUGAUGAAGAAGCUGUCGCUGAAGUACUCAAGGAUCCUUCUUUAUUGGAUGAAUUAGAUUUAUUGGCAUUUGCUUAUAAAUAUAAAAAUGAGCCAGAAGGAGACAGAAUACU